AUGGAAUCUCAGUUGAAAACUUACUCAGCUGUUGAACAAGAGCUGUUGUUAAACUUUAGGUUGAAGGAUCAUCAAAAUUUCACAUCAUCCAAAAUACGCUUCUUUAAAUUCCUUAUUACACAGAAGAUUAUGUGUGAAUGGGUUACAUCAGCUAUGCAAUCGACUAUAAUUAAAAGAAAGCAAUUUUCACCUUGUCUGAAGACAUCAAGAUUCUUCGAAAAAAUUUACCAACAUAUAGAUAUGACAAAUCUUUUAACAAAAAGGUAUCUGAAGACGGAAAAAUUUUCAAUAGGGAUUACACAUUAUUUUCCUACAGUUCAAGAGACUUAG